AAAUACAAGCAAGCGCUCAAGAACGAAACAUCUUGUCGCCGAUGCUUUUAUAUAUUUAAAAAAAAAAACAAAAAAAAAAAACAAAUAAAUUAACAAUAAUUUAUUUAUCACAGUUUUUUUAAGUGAAAUUUUUCUUUUUUUUUUUUUUUCAUUUGUUCAAUAAUAAAAAUUAUGUUUAAUUGUUUUCGUGUGUUUUAAAUAUAUAAUUGUGUAAAAAAAAAAAUUUAUUUAUAUUUUAAUAUUUUGUGGUAGUUUUAAUAAUUUAUUUUUAAUUUAUUUUAAUUUUUUUAAAUGUUUUUAAAAUGUUGACGUUGACAUAAGCAUACAGCUGGAAUAUGAGUUGAGGAUAAUAUAGUGAUAAAAAUAUUUAAGUUAUAACAAUUGUUUGUUUGUUUGUAUUUUUUUUUUUUUGUGUAAUAUUGAAUAUUGUUUUUUGAUAUAAAGUGUAAAUAUAUAAAUGAAAAAUAUAUCAAUGUAUUUAUAGUGCAAUUGAUAAGUUUAUUGUUUGAAUUGAUAUUGUUUUCCUAUGCAUACAAUGAUGCCACUUGCACCAACACCAAUUGUUCCGGUACCUACAAAGCCAAAAAUUGGUUUUAGUAUAGACUCAAUUGUUGGUGGUGCACAAGAUGAUAGAUUAGAAAGAUUACAUGAACGUGGUAUUGGUAGUCCAACUGAAAUUGAUGGUUCAACAUCACCAAAAUUAGUGAGACGUGUUACACAUUCACCUGGUAUACAUUCAGAAAAUUCAGAUCGUCCACAUUCAAGAAGUUCAUCAGUUGAAUCAUACCUAAUAACACGACAUAAUUCACAUAAUCAAGUUAAUAAUAAUAAUAAUAAUCAACAAAAUAAUAAUAAUAAUCAUCAACAAAAUAUAAAUCAAAUAACAGGUCGUUAUGAUUUUACAACAGCCCAAAGUCAUAGUAGUUGUUCAACACCUAAUAAUAGUCCAAGUCCACCACAUAGAAAUUCACAUAUUGAAUCACCAAGUAAUAAUCAUAUUAUACAAACAUCAUCUGGUAUUGUAAGACCAAGUCCAAAUUAUCUUGCACCACCACCACAAAGUGUUGCAACAGCUGCUGCCGUCGCUGCUGAACAAAUUAAAUCAAUAUAUGGAAUACCUGGUCAUCAAAUAACAUCACAACAAGGACAAAAUGAAUAUCAUACACAACAAUUUGCACUUGCUGCUAAUUUAGCAGCAGCACAACAUUUUCAAGCAUCAAAUUUAGCUGUUGCAUUACAAGCACAUCAUGGUACAUCACAUGUUACACAACAUGGUCCAUAUGGACAUCCUGGUGGUGGUCCUGGUGGUGCUCAUCCACAAGGACAUCCACAUCAAACACCUAGAGAUAGUUAUCCAUUAUUUCCAUGGCUUCUUUCACGACAUGGGAGGCUAUUUCCUCAUAGAUUUCCGGCUGGUCCAGAUAUACCAGGAUUCCUCUUACAACCAUUCAGAAAACCAAAAAGAAUACGAACAGCAUUUAGCCCAAGUCAAUUGUUAAAGUUGGAGCAUGCAUUUGAAAAAAAUCACUACGUUGUUGGAGCAGAGAGAAAACAACUUGCCCAAGCACUAUCAUUAACAGAAACGCAGGUCAAAGUGUGGUUUCAAAAUCGUCGAACAAAACAUAAAAGAGUGCAACAAGAAGAAGAAACAAAAGCUCAACAACAAUCGGGUGGUGGCAAUAACCCAAAUAGCAAUGGCAACAAAAAUACACAUCAUGUGAGCAAAUGGCAACAAGAAACUGGUGAUUACCAUCGAGAUGAUGAUGAAGAUGAUGAGACUGAAAUGAUCGAUCAAAAAGGAGAAGACUGCUCAAGUAGCUCUGAGUCUUAGCUAGUAACAUUAAAUCGACUUAUUUCCUUCACUUGAUUCGCUUCUUCUGCACACUGUAUGAUUAAAAAAAAAUUCAUUUAACAGCUCAUAUUAUUGAAUUUUUUUCUGUGGAUCAUUAAUCGGUAUCCAGUAUUAAAAUGAGCACUUCAUUAAAAAAAAAAUAUUAUCUAAAAUGACAGUAUUUUAAAGACAAACAUUAAACUUAAACUGUAAAUUUCAUUCUAUCAUUGCCAUACUUAAAAAAAUCGUGCAGUGUACCGAAAGACUUAAUUUACAAAAUAAAUAAAUAAAAAAAUUUUUCGAGUGCCAAAAUUUAUACACGAUUAUCGUGUAUGUAAAACAAUAUAAAUGGUACUUAAUUUUUAAAACAAUUUAAAUUAGUUUAUAAUAAUUAAAAAAAAAAAAAUUUGAAAAAUUCUAUGAAAUCUAAAAAAGUGACUCCGACGGUAGAACUUUUCAUUAAUCAUUAAACUAGCCUAUGUUUUCAAAAUAGAAUGAAAAAAAAAAAAUAAAUAGAAGAAGCAAUUACUGAUUUUAAACAUUUAGUUAUGUGAUAGGAAAUUACCGAGCGUUUUUUUAUAUUUAACAAAAAAAAAGUAAAGAUAAAGAUAAUGAUUGUAAAUAUUACUGUAAAUAGUAAAUUGUGAUUUAGAUUUCGAUUCAUAUAUUAUCUAUGAUUCGUGUUCCUUACGAUGCAAACGAGAAAAAAAAAAAAAUACAAAAUAAAUUAUAUCGUGAAGCAACCAAUGACAUGAAAUUAAAUAUUGUGUUUAUUUUAUUAAAUUAGAAAAUUUUUUUUUCCACUUUUCCUUUUUUUUAUUUUGCAUGAUUGACUAUUAUAUUUUAUUUAUCUGAACUCAUUUGAAGUCGACUAAUUUUGUAUAUUUCAGUUUUCUUAUCGCUGUAUGAAUAGAACGUUUUAUAAUUAAACAGUCAAUAUAAUAUUUAUCAAUUAACAUGAAAAA